UGAAAAGAGAUAGAGACAAAGAAAGUUAGUGAAGAUGGUGUGAAUCUGGAUGGAGCGUUUUCAAGAUUCUAGGGCUCACUCUUAUUAUCGUCGAUAUCUCAAGAUUCUUAGGGUUUUCAAGAUUCCUAGGUUUUCAAAAGCCCUAAAAAGAAAGUUCGUUCUCUCUCUCACCUUCGAAUCUCAACAAUGGCCGACCUUUUGCGAAACCCGACAAAGAAAGCUCGUUCUUCUCGCACUCACCUUCGAAUCUGAACAAUGGCGGACCUUCUGCCGACGAAUUGGUAACUGAAAUCCUCACAAGACUACCGGUAAAAAUUUGUAAAUCAUGGUGUUCUGUAAUCGCUAGCCCUAAUUUCAUCACUUCAAAGCUCAAUCAAACAAUUCUUUUGAACAAAAUCGACAACUCUUGAUACACUUAUCCUCGUGCGUUACAUUAAUAAGAGACAACUCUGCAAGAACUUCAAGGCCCAAUCCCAGACUGUGGUUCUCAUUUCCGCAUAUUUGGUGCUUGUAAUGGUAUGGUAUUUCUCAGUGUUAAUGUCUUUCGUAAUCCGAAUAGUUUAAUUCUUUGGAAUCCCAGUCUUAGAAAAUCUAUAAGGCUCCCAAUGCCUAGCAUUGGCAUUGAUUCGCACACUGGUACUGAUCAUAAGGUGUUUCUUGGAUACGGCUUUGAUUCCAAAACUAAUGAUUACAAGGUGGUUAGAAGGUGUUUCUUGCAUAGACAAUUUUCCAGAUCCUGAGGUUGAGCUUUACUUUCUUAAUAGAGGAUGUUGGAGAAGGAUUUGCGGUGUUGGUCCCCAUCAUCAUAUCCGUUGUACUCUACUGUCUCAGGCUUUUGUCAAUGGGGCUGUCCAUUGGUUUGGAUGUGAUAAGGUUGCUGCUUCUGAUAUUUCAAUCUUGACAUUUGAUAUGAGCAGUGAGGUAUUCUGUGAGAUGAAGCUCCCAACUGGUCUAGAAAAUGAAUGGGUUGUGGCACAUUUGGCUGUUUCAGUGCUUAGGGAGUCACUUUGUCCGUGCCAUUUUGAUUCCUUGGUUAGCAAAGUUUCAAUAUGGGUGAUGAAAGAAUAUGGUGUUGUACAAUCUCGGACCAAACUGUUCACUUUUGAUUUGGGUAGUGAUUUUGGGGGAAUACUUGGUUUCAGGAGGAAUGGUGACCUUCUUUUCCUUAGAAAAAAUCGCAUGUUUUCAAUUAACCUAGAGUCUCAACAAGUUAAGGAUCUUCGGAUACGGAAAUCUGGUAAGCUGAAAUCAUUGUACGUUGAUACUUACAUGGAGAGCUUAGUCUUUCUUUAGGAAGUGAAUCAAGUCUUAAGGGGGCAAGCCUAGUCUUCGAAUGCAGCAGUUACUCAAGAAAAAGCUUAUAAUUUUCUUAAAGGAAAGCUUGGAGUUGGAGGAACCAAGAAAACUGCAAGAGAGAGUACGAAGAAUGAAACCACGUUAAAUGUUCUCACUUAUCCUUGCCCUUUAUUUUUUUUCUUUUCUCUUCCUAGAAUAGUUUCAGUAUUUCUGUCUUUAGUUCCUGUAUAUUGCAAAUGUGUUUGGAUUUUAGCUUUUCAUGGAUGUUGAUUCUAGCAUUGCAUCAAUAUACCUUUUAUUUUGAAGUGAUGAUGAAUUUAUCGAAGGAUGCUGAGUAUAUUUCACAGAUUUGGUUUGUUCAUGGCUGAUGUUUAAGUUGUUCUUUCUUUGUUCUUUGCAAAGGGGCAUGAUUUUGUAUGAUGGAAAUGGAUAGC